AUGGCCGAUCAUGAUAUAGAACUAAAAGAAAAGAAACGGAAAAAGGCCCUCCGGCGGAUGGGGAAGAUGGUAGGCCACGCUUGGAAUCUAGCAAAUGCUGGUCCGUUUCAGGCGGGAGGGGGGAAAAGUACUGAUGCCAUUCUCUGCUUGACAUCUUUGGGACAAAAGGUCGACGAUGGCAACUACAAAUACGGAAGACAUGGAUGGGAAGAUUUUGCGCGAGAUCUGGGGGGAGUCUACAAUAGUCACAUUCAUCGCAAAACCAAACAUGCCAAGAUGGCAAAGGACCAUCUGGAUCAAGUUUGUGCCAUGCUGGCGGAGAAGGAUGACUCGUUAGCUCGUGUUGCCAAGGAUUUUGUACCCGAUUCCAAGCCUUCCAAAAAGCGAAAGGCGGAUACUCCCGAUUCCAGAUCCCGCAAGAAACCAGCCUCUGCCAAAAAGCCAAAUGGCGGAGACAUGGCUCUAUCAGAACGCGAAGACCAGGCCAUGGAAGCUCUUGGAGCAUUUAUGGAAGAAAAGGGAGGUUCCAAGGAAGUGGUCAAGAAUUUUCGGUGUCGUGUGCAAAAGCAACCGGGUGGUCGGUUCGAUACCAAUUACUACAAUGAGCAUGGCCGAAGAUUUCGGUCCAUGGUCGAAGUUGGUCGAUUCCUAGGUCUUGUGACUGCCGAACCCAGACGAUCCGCAGCUGGCAAACGGGCCAAGGUGUCACGGGCCAAGGUCAAAAAGGCCACCUCCCGCGAAACAGAAGCAGAGAAGAAACGAUUGCGCAAAGAGCUCGACAAACUCCGCAAGCAACAUACCAAAAUCACCAAGUCCCUGGAUGACUUUCUAACAGACCACAAGGACAGUCAAUAUCCCAUUGAAGACUCCAUGUUACAGGAAGAAGAAACUGCUGCUGGCAAGGGUAGUCGCAUUCUGCCCACCAAUUCGGCUGCUGCUCGUAUUCCGGACGUGGAUCGAUUUGAGGGGAUUCCACAGCAUUGCAUGCCCGAUGUCUUGGUUGCAUGGGAUUUCUUGUGUACUUUUACUCGAGCCUUGAGCUUGACGCCCAUUUCCUUAGACGACUUUGUGCUGUGUUUGACCUACAUGCCACCAGAGAAAUCGAGUGAUAGCGAUGCUUUGAACACGCCGCCAGUGUAUCUAGGUGAAGUGCAUCUUUCACUGCUCAAGCUAAUUCUUUCGGAUAGGUCCAGUGAUGAGUGGUGGUGGAGUAUCCUCGAGGCGCCGGUUGCCGAAAGUUCCGUCGUCGAAAAUGCUGAUGCCACUGACAAUGUGGAUGAAAGUGAUUUGCCACUCAUCAAAGUGGAUUUUGCUGCCUUAUUGGGGGAACAGGAAGACCCACUAAUUACGACAAGUUGGCUGACAGCCUUGCACGAUAUUCCCAAAAUGAGUGCCACGAACUCGGCUGCCAUCAAGGCAAGCAUCAAGACUGCAACGGAUAUCUGCGGAAACAAAUUUGUGAUUGCGUACUUGAAGAAGGCAACGAAGCUUGGAAAGACCAGUGGAUCGGGAUUCAUGAAGCGUGCCGUGGUCUGGUUGCUGGAGCGGAUGCGCGAGGCUCGACCGGAUUUGGGAAACCGAAACAUUAACAAGGAAGCAGUGUUCAAGAAGAGAGCCAAAGUGGUCGAUGAAGUAUCACAGCAAAUGGACAAGCUGAGUUCGGCUGCUUUGGCAGUCGAAGACGAUGACUUGUUGUCUGAUGCUGAAUCUGACGACGAUUCUGAUGAUUCUGAUGUGGAAGAAGAGAAUGGAGAUACCGUCAAACAGGAACCGCAGUCUCAGACUGAACCAGAUGAUCAUCCGGCUUCCUUCAUUCCACCAAAACCUCCACCGACAUUGGUGGACCUUCUGCUGCCACCCGGGAAACCAAGUCCACCAUCAGAGCUCUUCAAUCCUUCUAGUUGGCCGCAUUUAGCAGGUGCAACAGUUUGCCGUCUUCUCCAUCGCUAUACCAGGCUGCGGAAUGAGGUGGACGAUAGUCUCCGUAGCGUGAGAGAAGUUUCUAGACUGACUGUUCGUCAGCGGAGAGAGCGCGAAGCGAUUGCAAAAACCCGUGUCUUUUCCGAAUUUGCUGUACCACACGAUGGCAAAGACCCAUGCGACACAGCUGCCCAACAUCUGUGUAGUGGAGGACGAUACUUGGAAUUGACUCCCUUGGAACGAUUAUGCAUUCUAAGAGUACUCAUCGAUGCUGCUUACGAUACCGCUCGAGUCUACGAAGUCGUUGACACGAACUACAAACAAAGUACAAGUGCAGUCAAAGCAUUGGAAACGGAACAGAGAAAAUUCAAACGCGAGGCAAAGGAAAAGAGCGCCGCCAACGAAGCCGCCGCACGUCAAGACCUAGCAUUGGAAGCAAGAAGGAACUUCAUCGAAGAAAAGCGUGAGGAAAUCCGCAAAGCGAAUGAAGCAAACCAGGAACUCACGGACGACGAUAUCGAUGAAUUGACAGAAGACGACAUUAUCGAAUUCGACGAAGACUUCAAGGCCGACUUCGAAGCAUUGCCAGCACCUGAAAGUUUUAAGAAAGCCGAAGUAGUUGCAAGAGUAGCCAAAAUGCUUGAAGCUGAUGCAUUUGAGACUGAGCUCUUGACAGUUCUCACCAUGGACCAAAUACUGGAAAACGAGAAAGAGCAUGUCCAAUCGCUCGAAGAAAGUCUUGCCGCAUUGGGCGGUGAAGAGGCGCUCCUGAAUCCAGAAUUAGACAGAGACACAAUGCGCGCUGUUGAAAAGCUUCGUCGAGAAUUAUUAAAAAUCCAAGCUUCUGCGGAGUCGAUUCCAAUCCAAAGAGAGGAAGCGAUCGAACAACUGAAAGAAGCAAUUGCGGAUGGUACCAUCAAGAGCCUCCGAGCUGCCAUCAGGUCUGCGAAGACGGCUCGUUUGUUCGGAAAAGAUGAUGACACCAACGGAGUUUGGUCCUUGGACAUUGUUCGUGACGCUCACAUGGAACUUGAAAAUGCCAAGCAAUUGAAGCGGGUUGCUGAUGCGCAGAAAGAUUUGGUUUCAAAACGCAAUAGGUGUUUUAUUCGAACGGAGCCCCUCGGAAGCGAUCGAUUCCGGAAUCGAUUUUGGACAUUCGAGAACAGUGAACAGGGCCACAUAUUCACAGAGGUUGACCACGUUCUCGAAGAGGAAAACAAGAACUUGUCGAACGAAUCCGGCCUUUUGGAAAUCGUUUCAAGCGUAGAUAAGGUUGAAAUCGGUAGCGCCGAUAUUGAGGAGGAUUUUAUGGGUGCUGAGGGCGAAGGCAUUGCGAGCUUUAGACGUUUUAGCCGCAAGGAGUAUCACCAAUCGGGACUCUGUGCGUCUCUGACAAAACGAUGUUGGGGUUGGCAGUUGACGGAGUCUUCAGUACGAGCACUAACGAAGGGCCUAGAUGGACGUGGCGUCCGGGAGAAUAACUUGAAGAAAAAUCUGAAAGUGGCAUUGGAGGCAAAGACCACAGCGAAAGAAGGUACAGAUGAGACGGAAUCAGACAGUCAGGUCCAAAAGAGCGGUGACGAAGAUCACUUCGCACAUGCAAAACAAAGGAUGGAUGAACUGGAUCUCCAGGUUAUAGAUGCAUCCUACCUGAAUACACUCUCCUCUGCCAUUGGGCAAAUGGUCCGUUUUCGACAUGUGGUAGAGAGCACAAGAGAUAGGGAAAGUGCCCGCUAUGAAGUUGGAUCAAUAAAGGGAUGGAAAUUGCGAAAGGAUGAGGUGACUAUGGAACCGGAAGGCGACGAAUUCGAGCCGCAGACUCAAGUUGUCGAGGUUCCAGUCUGGCAAGUCAUGACUGACAAGGGGAACGAAUUUUGGCUUACUGGAGGGGAGAUGCUUGAAAGUAUAUGUCGACUUGCCAAAUGGACGAGCAAAUGCCCGACUUACUUUGAGUCCGAUGCAGCCUAUCUAUCAUACAGGAAUACCCUUGGUCGGCACUUUGGCAAGGUCGCAGAGGCGGCGAACGCGAUGACGCCCAUUCGAUUCACACAAUCCAUGGUGAAGCGGGAGGCGGAGAUAUAUCAGAAGCUGAAACAUCGCGUCUAUGACGAAACUUGGGGAGGAAAGAAUGGGACUAGAAGUGCGUGGGUAACUUCCAUGAGGGAUUUUGCUUUUGAUUUCGAGACUGCGAGAGACGGGCUAUUGACAUUUGAAAGUGCGUUGUUUGAACUAACGGGAGGAUUCCCAGGAGACGACAACGGAGAAGAGGGUCGCAGUGGAAGAUCCUUGCUUGACAAUAAAGUGACAAGGGAAGAUAUUGAGCUCGAGUCACUAGAAAAGGGUAUGAACAGGCUUUGGAACUCACGUGAAAGUCGGAACGUGUUCCAUGAGAUUGUCAAGAGCGCGAAAACUGUUGGAUUUCUGGUUCUUGCCCUUGACCUUGUAUGUAGGAAUGCAUACGUUUACUUGGAAGCGAACAAAAUCAAAACUACCUCGACAAGGAGUUCGGCAUAUGGAUCAAGCGUUGGCGAUUCUUGGCAGCAGCAAGCAGAUGUAUCGUAUUACGAAGAGCCGACAAGUAGACGAUCGCGACGUGGGAAUGUGGACUACUCGGUAUACUUCAAUUAG